UGUACCACCUGCUUAGACCCAAACAACUUCACUAUAUUUUCACCAUCUUCUAUUCUUCACCUUUCUUUUCGAAAGGUUCAGUUUUUCCCUCUCUCUCUCUCUCAUUUGUUUCAGAGAGAGAAUGGGAACCGUCUUGGUUUCCAAGAUUCUAACUUUCUUGCUCACGACAAUUCUGGUGAGCUCGGCAGUGAUCCAGUGCGGCGUGACGUACGAUAAGAAGUCCAUCGUCAUCAAUGGCCGUCGGAGAAUCCUCCUCUCCGGCUCCAUUCACUACCCACGAAGCACACCUGAGAUGUGGGAAGAUCUUAUCACGAAGGCUAAAGAUGGAGGCUUGGAUGUUAUCGACACUUACGUUUUCUGGAAUGGCCAUGAACCUUCUCCGGGCAAUUAUAAUUUUGAAGGGAGAUACGAUCUUGUACGGUUCAUCAAGACAGUGCAGAGAGUGGGGCUUUAUGUUCAUCUCAGGAUCGGUCCUUACGUUUGUGCAGAAUGGAAUUUCGGAGGAUUUCCAGUUUGGUUGAAGUAUGUUCCUGGGAUUAGCUUCAGAACCGACAAUGGACCCUUCAAGGCUGCAAUGCAAGGAUUCACUCAGAAAAUCGUCCAGAUGAUGAAGAACGAGGGAUUAUUCGCGUCACAGGGCGGACCGAUCAUCCUAUCUCAGAUUGAGAACGAGUAUGGACCCGAAAGGAAGGCACUUGGAUCGGCCGGACAGUCUUACGUCAACUGGGCAGCGAAAAUGGCCGUGGGACUGCAAACUGGAGUCCCGUGGGUGAUGUGUAAGGAAGACGACGCACCCGACCCAAUCAUAAAUGCUUGUAAUGGAUUUUACUGUGACUACUUCACUCCCAAUAAACCUUACAAGCCAUUGCUCUGGACCGAGGCAUGGAGUGGCUGGUUUACAGAGUUUGGCGGGCCGAAAGUGAAACGGCCGGUGGAGGAUUUGGCAUUCGCAGUGGCUCGUUUUAUACAAAAGGGCGGCUCGUAUGUGAAUUACUACAUGUACCAUGGUGGAACAAACUUCGGAAGAACAGCAGGAGGUCCGUUUAUUACAACCAGUUACGACUACGAUGCUCCAAUUGAUGAAUAUGGCUUGCUCCAAGAACCGAAGUACAGCCAUUUGAAGGAGCUUCACCAUGCCAUUAAGCUAAGUGAACAUGCCUUAGUUUCUUCAGAUCCAACCAUCACUAAGCUGGGAAACUAUGAACAGGCUCGGGUUUUCUCCGAUGGUAAAGGAAGCUGCGUAGCUUUCCUCUCGAACUACCACAUCAACUCACCGGCUAAAGUAACGUUCAAGAAUCGCCACUACGAUCUUCCUGCUUGGUCCAUCAGUAUACUUCCCGACUGCAGUAACGUCGUUUUCAACACCGCUACCGUUCGGGCCAAGAAUUCGCACGUGGAAAUGGUGCCAUCGGGGUCUGUUUUGUACUCGGUGGCGAGGUAUGAUGAAGAUAUCGCGUCUCUUUCGGAUCACACGGCAAUUACAGCUUCCGGAUUGUUGGAUCAGAUCAAUGUUACCCGGGAUAGUAGCGAUUACCUGUGGUACAUAACAAGCGUCGAUAUAAAACCGUCGGAAUCGUUCUUGCGUGGAGGAAAGUGGCCAACUCUUACAAUAGAUUCUGCCGGCCAUGCUGUUCAUGUGUUUGUCAACGGACAUUUCUACGGGUCGGCUUUCGGGAAUCGGGAGAACAGGAGGUUUGUGUAUAGUGCACCGGUUAACCUACGUGCUGGAGCUAACCGAAUCGCGCUUCUGAGUGUAGCCGUUGGCCUUCCGAACGUCGGGCUGCAUUUUGAGAGGUGGGAGACGGGAAUCGUUGGAUCCGUUAUGCUAAAUGGCCUCGACGAGGGAAAGAGAGACUUGAGUUGGCAGAAAUGGUCGUAUCAGGUUGGUCUGAAAGGAGAGGCACUGAACUUGGUAUCUCCCACGGCUACAUCACCCGUUGAAUGGAUCAGAGGCUCCCUGGCUAAGCAAAGUCGGCAGCCAUUGACGUGGUAUAAGGCGUAUUUUGACGGGCCAAAGGGAAACGAGCCGGUAGCGUUGGAUCUGAGGAGCAUGGGAAAAGGGCAAGCUUGGAUCAACGGGCAAAACGUAGGGAGGUAUUGGAUGGAUUACGCAAAGGGAGACUGCGGGGCUUGCAGCUACGAAGGGACAUACAGGCAGAGCAAGUGCCACAGCGGUUGUGGAGAACCUACUCAGAGAUGGUAUCAUGUCCCGAGGUCGUGGCUGAAGCCGAGAGGGAACAUGCUGGUUCUGCUGGAAGAGCUGGGCGGGGACAUAUCCGGAGUGUCCCUUGUGAGGAGAUCAGUGAGUUACAACUGAUUGGAUCUCCUUCAUUACAACAUUUUCAACUUCUUCUGCUUGUGUUUUGUUCCUUUUUUCUUGGGAUAUAAGCAUUGCUCGUGCUGUUAGGAUUAGAAUGAAUGUCUGUGAAGGUAAGGAAAUCUAUUUAUCAAUUUUUUUUAAAAAAAAAAUCUUGAAUAUCAUUUUGCAGUGAUAAAUGUUGAAACUGAAUCA